GGAGAAGCCUUGGCCAUCAUGCCAGUUGAUGAAUGCUGGCUGUGUUUCCCAGCUUCUCGAGUGAGACCUUUUAUGCAGACCGUCUGGGUGGCCCAGACUUGCCCCGACUGCUGCUGGUUUCCAGGCUUCCUCCCUCCAGCCCCCCAGCCACUGUGUGUGCCUCAUGUGCUGCUGAGGGGCACUUGUGGGGCUCUGCCUCCUGCUGCACACUCAUCCGCGGCACCCCCCUCCACAUCCCAGAUGCCCUGUUCUACUGACCCGCGUCUCUGUCCUCCACCCUCUACACCUGAUUGUAGGCAGGAGAAAAACACGCACUCUGAGCUGCCAUAUCAGAAAAGCCAACUUCAAAAGCUGCCAGCAAUGAACGGCUCUGAAGACCCCCCUGGGUCGUAUGACUUCGACCUGAUCAUCAUUGGAGGAGGCUCGGGAGGACUGGCAGCAGCUAAGGAGGCAGCCAAAUUUAACAAGAAGGUGCUGGUCUUGGAUUUCGUCACACCCACUCCUCUGGGAACUAGAUGGGGUCUCGGAGGAACAUGUGUGAACGUGGGUUGCAUACCCAAAAAACUGAUGCACCAGGCAGCUUUACUAGGACAAGCCCUGAAGGACUCGCGCAACUAUGGCUGGAAAGUCGACGACACAGUUAAGCACAACUGGGAGAAAAUGACAGAGUCGGUGCAGAAUCACAUCGGCUCGCUCAACUGGGGCUACCGGGUAGCCCUUCGGGAGAAAAAGGUUGUCUACGAGAACGCUUAUGGCAAAUUCGUUGGUCCUCACAGGAUCAAGGCAACGAAUAACAAAGGCAAAGAGAAAAUUUAUUCUGCCGAGAAGUUUCUCAUUGCCACGGGCGAAAGGCCACGCUACCUGGGCAUCCCCGGAGACAAAGAGUACUGCAUCAGCAGUGAUGAUCUUUUCUCCUUGCCUUACUGCCCGGGUAAGACCCUGGUGGUUGGAGCGUCCUAUGUUGCUUUGGAGUGUGCAGGAUUUCUUGCUGGUAUCGGCUUAGACGUCACUGUGAUGGUUCGGUCCAUCCUCCUGAGAGGAUUUGACCAGGACAUGGCCAACAAAAUUGGUGAACACAUGGAAGAGCACGGCAUCAAGUUUAUAAGGCAGUUCGUUCCCAUUAAAGUUGAACAAAUUGAAGCAGGGACACCAGGCCGACUCAGGGUAACCGCGCAGUCCACAACCAGUGAGGAGACCAUGGAGGGCGAAUUUAACACAGUGUUGCUGGCAAUAGGACGAGAUUCUUGUACGAGAAACAUUGGCUUAGAGACCGUGGGUGUGAAAAUAAAUGAAAAGACUGGAAAAAUCCCUGUCACAGAUGAAGAGCAGACCAAUGUGCCUUACAUCUACGCCAUCGGUGACAUUCUGGAGGGCAAGCUGGAGCUGACGCCUGUCGCCAUUCAGGCGGGGAGGUUGCUGGCUCAGAGGCUGUACGGGGGCUCCGCUGUCAAAUGUGACUAUGAAAAUGUCCCGACAACUGUAUUUACUCCUUUGGAGUAUGGCUGUUGUGGCCUCUCUGAAGAAAAAGCUGUAGAGAAAUUUGGGGAAGAAAAUAUUGAAGUUUACCACAGUUUCUUUUGGCCGUUGGAAUGGACGGUUCCAUCCCGGGAUAACAACAAAUGCUAUGCAAAAAUCAUCUGUAAUCUCCAAGACAGCGAACGUGUCGUGGGCUUUCACGUCCUGGGUCCAAAUGCUGGAGAAGUGACGCAGGGCUUCGCGGCUGCGCUCAAGUGUGGACUGACGAAACAGCAGCUGGACAGCACCAUCGGCAUCCACCCUGUCUGCGCGGAGAUAUUCACAACGUUGUCGGUGACUAAGCGUUCCGGGGGAGACAUCCUCCAGUCUGGCUGCUGAGGUUAAGCCCCGGUGUGGAUGCUGUUGCCAAGACUACAGACCAUCCAUUACCUCACUUCCUCGCCCCACGUCCAGGAAGGCCCGUGGCAAAGUGCUUGCCCUAAGGCCACCAGGUCCCUGGGAUCCUGUGGGUAGGAGGAGGUGGCAGGUAGAAGGCUGCAGCAUCACACUGGGGUCACCGUGACGGACUCAGACUGACAUUCGGCAGCGCAUUCACAGGGAUGCGUCCAUGAAGUCACCGGCCUCAAGCCCAAGUGGUGGGCAGUGACGGAACAGCUGUCGGAUCCAGUCAGCUCAACCUUUCCUUGCAGACUGUCUUACUCUCGUUUUCAAGCUGUCUGAUGUCGAUUCUAGUUUCUU